AUGCCUCCCAAGAAGCCCGCCGCGCCCAAGGAGAACAUCUCCCUUGGCCCGUCUGUUCGCGAUGGCGAGCUCGUCUUUGGCGUUGCUCGUAUCUUCGCCUCCUUCAACGACACCUUCGUCCACGUCACCGAUCUCAGCGGUCGCGAAACCAUCGUUCGUGUAACUGGCGGUAUGAAGGUCAAGGCCGACCGUGACGAGUCCUCCCCCUACGCUGCCAUGCUGGCUGCCCAGGACGUUGCCGCUCGGUGCAAGGACCUGGGCAUCAACGCCCUGCACAUCAAGAUCCGUGCCACUGGUGGCAACGGCACCAAGACCCCCGGCCCCGGCGCCCAGUCCGCCCUUCGCGCUCUCGCCCGUGCCGGCAUGAAGAUUGGCCGCAUCGAGGACGUCACCCCCACGCCGUCCGACUCUACCCGCAGAAAGGGCGGUCGCCGCGGUCGCCGUCUCUGA